AAUAUGUAAAAUUGAUUAGUGCAAGUGUAGUGCAGUGCGAGCAGUGCCGAGCGACCGCGGGCGUCGGGCGGCGAGCGCCCGGAGCGAUGUAGCGCGCGUUUCCUUAUCGAUUUUCUCUAUGCUGCAUUAAAUUACGAUUUAAAUACGGUGAAUGCGGAUAACAAACAUUUUAGCAACAUGCGUCGCGCGGGUGUAUUUGAACAACGAAACUAGACUUUGCAUUUACAUUAACCUAGCACAAUGCAGUGAGGCUUCAACUUUCCUCAUCUAAUCUGACUAGCCAUAAUACCCUUCUGACUGAUAGACGCUAUCUCGGUACCCACGCUAUGUGAUAAGGGGGCAUCAUCUAUGAUCCUAUCGCCCCAGUUCUGGGAAUGGUUUUACAUUUGGCUAGUCCAAGUUGUUAAGAUACUGUAUGAUGAGAGUGCAAUGGUUGCGCUAAGAGGGGGUAACUGUGCGGGCUCGUCGCACGUGUGCGGUGGAGCCCGCGCGGCCGACGCGCCGGGGGCCGGGGGCGCCGCGCCGCCGCUGCCGAUGCAGCACCUUCUGCAACCCGUCAACAACGUCUCAGUCCACCUGUACAACAACUCUGCUAGCCCUCUCAAACAUGACCAGCCUUCGACUAGAUACUCUAACCCUAAUUGCAUGCCGUCACACCACUACCGACUAUUAGCUCAAGCAAGAGCGGAAUGCUACCACGCCGGCGGCGCGGGCGGCGCGGGCUACAUGCAGGGGGGCGCGCCGCAGCCGCCCUCGCAGCCCUCCAUGCGCGGCCCGGCGCAACAGCCGCCGCCGCAGCAGCAGCAGGACAUGUCCAAGACAUCCAUGCCUGCGCAUAACUUCGGGCCCUCCCAGAACCAGUCACAGCAGGCCAGGCCGCAGUACAACUACACGUUCAGGGCGACCCAGCACGGCACCCGGCCGGCCAGCCACCCCAGACAACAGCAGCCGUACAUCCAGGGCGGGUCGGCCACCGGCAACCCGCCGGUCAUGUACCCGACCCUCGUGUACCCUCAGAUGACGAUGCCGAGCGCCGCUUACCCGCAGCAGAGGGGCGGCCAGGGGUACUACCAGUACCUCCCCCAGCUUCACUACAGCUACGGCACUCCACCGAAUCACACGCAAUCAUACUACUACCCGGCGGCGACGAGCCAGCAGAUCCAAACGCCCAACCUUGGCGGCAACGGGCAGGGCCGGUCCAGCGCCGCCGCCAUGGUGGGGCCGCAGGCGCCCGCCGCGCAGGCCGCGCCCGCCGCGCCGCUGCCGCACCAGCAGCCGCCGGCCGCGCAUAUGCACCCUAAUAUGCAGAAUAUGCGCCCCGCUCAAACUAAACGAACCAGCCACCGUCUAAAAAUCAUCGACCCAGUCACAAGACAAGACAUUUUAUCAGAUAUCUCAAACGAUAGUCAAUAUGUAAGCAGAGAGUCGAGUGAACGGCAAACACCUCAACCUGAACCUACUCCUACCGGAAUCAGCAUUGCCGAAGAAUUUACUAGGAUGGUUAACGAAGCCGCUAACCAGCCGUCGGAAAGUACUAUAAAAACGAAUUACACUACUACUAAAAAUAUAGAAACGGUAACACCAAUCAUAACACCAAUCACACAACCACAAACAAAUGCAAUAAGUUCUAUUAAUAAUAAUAUAGUGAAGUCUGAUAUAUUAGCUGUUAAUGAAAAUAAGAGUAUAGUGGCGGAGGUAGCAGUCGAGCCGUGCGAGACGCCCGUGGUCUCGGCUAUAUCCGACAGUCCAGUUAUAGUGCCUAAAUUGCCUACAAAUGUGAAACAAACCCAAAAGACUAGUGAGACACUUUUACAGCCUCUAGUACUAGAUACGAAUAAGAAUAUAGCUACUAAUAAGGUGGUGCCGAAAGUGAACAAGAGUAAACCUGAAGAGGUAGAGAAGAUUGAGAAGCUGGAGGCUCCGCCCCCGCAGCCGCAGCGGCUGCCGCGCGAGCGAGUGCGCUCCGAGGGCAAGGAGCACAAGGAACAGAAGGAGGCCGAGGCCAAGGAGGCCGUCGCGCCCGCCAAGCUCAACGGGCCAGCGCCCGCUGAAUUCACACCCAAUUCAGUGGAAGCCGUUGUUAAUAAUAUAGCAGAAGUAGCAAAGUCCCAAACUAGUCAAAUCCCUUCAGUAAAACAUACUGAGUUUAUAAAGCAACAAGCGGCAACGAAACAGACCUCAGUGAGCGUAGAGAGUGAUAUUGCUCCUCCCACUGACACUAAGAGUGAAACUGUGAAGCCGCUGCCGGUGACGAGCGCCCCCACGGCCACGGAGCUGCUCUCAGCCAGCAUCGAGAAAGUUGCCAAAGAUCUGCCGUCUGCUCCCAAGCCAGAACUUGAACGACAGAAAUCAAAGGAAGCUUCAAGCGCUUUUGAAGCCCAAGUGAAGCUAACUCAAAGUAUAGCUAGUUGUAUACGGUCUAGCAAUCAACCUGAAUCCAAAAUGAAAGACAUCAAUUUGAAUAAUAAAACUACUGAUCCAGACACUGCCAAUGGAAACAAUACUACCCCUACUAUCAACAAGACUGAUAGUAACAAGGAAGAUAUUAAUAGGAACGAAAAGGCUAACAAAAAUUCCAAGAAUAUGAGUAAAAAGGGUGCCAAGAGUGCCAAUAUUGAUGCCAUUGUGAAGGAGCCAGAAGCGAAUGGUAAUGCUAAGGAUGAGCCUGUGAAGGCUAGCAGCCCUGAGGAGAUGGUGACUCCUGAGAAGGCUCCCUCUGAGGAGAAGACUGAGGAGCCGGAGGCGGAAGUAGCCCCGGCCCCCGAGGAGCCGGCCGCCGCGCCCGCCCCCGCCGCGCCCGCAGCGCCCGCCGCGCCCCCCGCGCCCGCUGUCUUUGUACCCAAGUACAAGUACACUGAUGAUCAAUGGUCGCCAUUGAACAAAUCUGGCAAGAGAUGCUACGAUCUCGGACUAUUGAAACAGAUCAGAGAUGAUCCUCUAUCGAAGAACAAGCCUGAUAUUCCCAUUAUGGAGAAGGUUGUUAGGAUGGAAACGAUGCCGUUCACGCCGAUCUCGAGGCCGAUCAACGACGCGCUAUUCCCCUCAUUCGUGAAGAACACGGGAGGGAACGUGUCUCGGGGGCCCCCCGGCGGCGGUCGGGACAUCAAGAAGGAUGGGAGGAAUAUGGCCCCCAGUGGUAUGUUGGGUAAGGGCAGCGUGAAGCUGACCCCCAACCAGGGCGGCAACGGCGGCCACAAGCCGGUGAUCCACGUGUCGCUGUCCCUACGGGAGGACGUCAAGCUCAACGAGACUGAGAACGCCUGGAAGCCGUCCCGCUUCAAGAAGGACACCAUUAGCGAGGAGGAGUACAAGACACAGGACCUGGAGAAGAAGUUCCGUGGUAUCCUGAACAAGCUGACGCCGCAGAAGUUCGACACGCUCAUGGACCGCGUGAAGGGGCUCGAGAUCAACACGCAGCAGCGCCUCGUGCGGGUCAUCGACCUCGUCUUCGAGAAGGCCAUCGAGGAGCCCAACUUCUCGGAAGCCUACGCCGCCAUGUGCAAUAAGCUGUACAAGCUCAAGGUGCCGGCCGACAACGCGUCGUCGCCCGACCAGUGCGUCAACUUCAGGGCGCUCAUCAUCAACAAGUGCCAACAGCAGUUCGUCACCGGCAAAGUUGACGAAAAUGCUAUCAAACUAGAAAAGGAACUGAGCGAAUGCACGGACCCGGCGAAACGCAAGGAGUUGGCGGUGCUGCUCAACGAGGAGAACCGGCGCAUGAGGAUGCGCUCCGUCGGAAACGUGCGGUUUAUCGGCGAGCUGUACAAACUGAAGAUGCUCACGUCCAAGAUCAUGGUGUUCUGCAUGAACCACCUGAUCGACAAGCUCGAGGAAGAGAAGCUGGAGUGUCUGUGCAAGCUGCUCACCACCAUCGGCGAGCAGGUUGAGGGCGAGGUUCGCGAGCAGCUCGAUGCCGUGUUCAAGAAGAUGCAGGACAUCGUGGAGCGCAAGUCCAACAAGAUCAGCAGCCGAGUGCGCUUCAUGCUGCAAGACGUGAUCGAGCUGCGCCGCCGCCGCUGGCUCAUCAAGAGCGUGGUGGACUCGCAGCCCAAGAUGAUGGAUCAGAUCCAGAAGGAGGCUGAGCAGCAUCAGCGGCAAAUUGAGUUGAUGAACUCUGCGCCGAUGUCGGGCGGGUUCCGGCGCGACGACGGCGGGCGCGGCAAGCGUGGCGGCGACAACCGGCGCGGGCAGGGCGGCAACAACUUCGACGCCAACAACUGGAAGACCACCGCCUCCCGGCCCACUAAUUACUCUGUAGACACUACUAAACUUAAGGCUGGUAGCAUUAGUAAUAAUAAGAAUCUUAGCACUAUCAAAUUAGCUCCUACGAACACAGGGUGGAAUUGUGGCUCAGGCAGUAAGAGCACUACUGCCCAGGCCUCCAGUAAUUCUCAUAUUGGAUUGCCCACAACCACCACAAAUAAUAAAUACGGUCUCUUGGCUGAAAGCUCCACAGACCCUACUUCUCUACAUGGUUCCUUCCUAGGACUGAAGGACAUCUCUUCACCAAAGGGGGCAUCUAUAGAGAGGUCCACAUUUAGCUCACGGAAUGACUUCUCGUCCGGCGGAAACAGCCGGUCGGGCUCGAUGGGCAUCCCGCGGUCCAACUCGGGCACGCGCACCGCCCCCGCGCCCGCGCCGCCGGCGCCCGCCCCCGCCGCGCCCGCGCCGCCGCCCCCCACGCCGCAGGAGCCGCUGCCCGACAACAAGAAGAACUCCGUCAAGUCCAUGGUGGGCCUGGCGCUCAUCAACUCGGACAGCGAGGAGAUGGUGCACGACGUGAAGCAGCUGUUCCCCGCGCAGUACCACGCCGGCGUGGUCGGAGAGAUACUCAACAUUGCGCUUGAGAAGUCUGCCAAGGACAUAGCCGCAAUCACGAAAUCACUGUUACACCUAGUUUCAACCGGAACAAUUUCGGCUGACAACUUUUUGGCUGGUUUCAAAGAGAUCAUUGAAUUUGCCCCAGAUCUAUACAUAGAUAUCCCUAUGUUGUAUGAAUAUUUAGGAAUGUUUUUCGUGCCCCAAAUUGAGAAGAAGCACAUAACACUAGCGCAAGUGCUGAGGCUCAGCGGCCCCAUCGUGAGCGUGGACCACGGCCACCUGCUGCUGAAGGCGAUCCUACGCCAGCUGAAGGACAGCAUGGGGCCCACCUUCGUCAAGACCAAGUGGGUCGAGUCGGAGCAGCAACUAAAAGACUGGAUGAAGGAGGAUCAGGCUGAGAAGUUCCUAGAAGAGAACAAGCUGGAGUUCCUCGCGGGCGCGGAGGCGGCGGACGAGGCGCGCGCGCUGUCGCCGGCUGAUGCGCAGGCCAAGCUGCUGCAGCUCAUGAACAACGACGAGAACUGCGAGUGCAUACGCGGCUGGGUCAAGGACAACGUAGGUAAUUCCUCUAACUCUGACUGGUUCAUGAGGUCGCUAAUUCAGGCGAUUUGCGAGCACGCGUUGUUUGGCCCCGAGGGUCGCGCCGAGCCGCACUUCAACCAGGACCGCAUGAACAAGUACUCGGGACUCAUCAACGACUUCGGCGACUCGAGGCCGGCGCGGGAGUCCAACUGCCUCAUCGGCAUUCAGCAAUUAAUACAUAGACUAGAACACCCCCAAGGUCUCACGUUGGAGAUAUUCCAGUGUUUGCACGACCAAUAUUUAAUAACAGUGGAAGGAUUCACUGCGUGGGAGAUGUCUGAAACGGAGCCAGAAGGAAAAGGCGUGAUGCUGAAGGCGCUGACGUCGUUCUUCACCAACAUCAAGGAGGCGGACAACGAGGACUCGUGCAGCGAGGACUGACGCGCCCCCCGCCCGCCCCUCGGCGCCCCCCGCCUGCCCCGCGGCGCGGCGCCGGCGGCCCUCGCGCCACAACCUCACUCUUACGUCUUCUAUAUUUUUAUACAUUAGAGUCAUCAUACACGGAAACGUAGAUAUAUGAAUACUAUUAUAUUAAUACAUACAUUUAAAACAUAACGAAACCAUGAAAAAGUAAAGUUGUAUGAUAUUUUUUAUGCGAUAUAGUUUUUAUCGAGAUUCUGAAUUUGCAAACUUUGUUAUUUUACUUUUAAAGAGUACUUUUUCGUGAAUAGUUACUUGCUAUCUUUCAAUUUUAAAUGUUUUUAAAGGUCCUUUCAAUUUUAUCUUUUAGCUUUUUAUGAUACUGAUGCCUAUUUAUAUAUUUUAUCCUCUUGUAUUUUUUAUUAUUAAGUUCUUAUUGUUUGAUGGUGAAAUUUGUUGAUUGAACUCGUUUGUUUCACAAAGAAAAUCACAAAAUUUUACUUUGGUUCUCUCAUAUAUACGAUGAUAAUUUUAGCAUUAUUUAUAUACGGUAAAACUAUUUAUUGAAGGUGUUUCAUUCCCGGUGCGCGGACGGUAACUUUAGCUUCCAUAAACAACAAGCAAUCAUAGAUGAAAUGUAAUUUUAUAAAGCUUAUUACAUAAAUAAUGUUUAUACUGAUUAAUUAAUGUUACAGAGAAUAUUUUUUUGACAGUUUAAGGUGAUAUGAUCCAUAAUUAUUAUAAUAAUAUUGUCAGAUGUUUUCUGAAAUAGUGUAAAUUAAUAAUGUCAGUUGAAUUCCUGAAUCGCUUUGGCUAUAUGAUACAUACUGAAGCCGAUGAGGAGCGCGACAGGCCUCGCCUCUAGAGUUAACUGUUACAAUAAUAUAUGCAAAACAAACACCAAUAUUAUCGUUAUAUUAAGAGUCGUCAAGAGCCUUAAAACAAAUUCACAUCUAUUUAUUCCCAAUGUCGUUCAAUAGUGGACGAGUUGGGGAUAUUUAGGUUCAGUGAAAUAGUAAUGAUGAGGAACCAGUAAGAGUUUGAGUGAGGACGGCUGCGGCGGCGCGCCUCUCGCCUCACCCACACUAGUCUGCCCAAUGUUAUUCAAGUUUGUUUGGAUUGCUCACUUCGGGAAGUCAAUAAUUGUCAAAACACCAAAUUAUGAUGGUGCCUAUCGAAACUGAUUGGCUCCACGGUAAAAUUUACAAAUUAAGUUGAUGUUGUAUAAAAUUCUCUGUAUCAUAAUGAUUUAACCCUAAUGGUUUUCACCGUCUUUAUAAAUAUUUGAUUAAUUAAUUAUAAAUACGGAUAUAGUGCGUACUUGGAUGCGAAAGUUAGGCGUUGAAUGGUGUUUUUUGCGCUGGCCCGUCCAAUCGCUGUACUAUUGAUGAUUAUUUGAAAAAUGUAGUAUUUAGGAUCCAAACGAUUGAUUGUCUUUGUUUAUUGAUUGAACCGGCAUGGUGGAAUGCUACUAAAAUUUAAAUGACACGCCAGUCAGUUAGAAAUAAAUAUAAUUAAUUAUAAGAGAAUUAGAUGUAUUCUGAUUAUGAACGCUUAUACGAUGAUAUAAACGUUGUAAUUUAUUUUCCGAAUUGUUACAUUUUAACCGAAGGUUGGUAACAAUGUUAUUUAUUUCUUUACAAACUGGGCGCUCCUUUAAAUUUUGUAGCAAAAAAGUUGUCUCAAAAUAAGUGUGGCUGGACUGCAUCCAAUGUAUAUUUUAUACAAACUUAAAAAUUUGUCCAUAGUUCCUAAGUCAUACAUUUUUGAAACAUUUGAUUUAAUUGAAUCAUUAUUUUAGGCGUGACUGUUGCUGGGCCAGGCAGAUCACAUCGUUCAAUGAAAAAGGUUUAAAGAGUUUAUUAUAUCUAAUAUAUCACUUUGUUUUUAUUGAUUUAGGCAUAGGCAGUGGAUAAAACUGAUAAUAUCAAUUUCAAAAAGAUAAAAAAAACCAAGUAAAUGUUGAAGCAAGGCGUGGAGAGCGGCCGCCCCUCACGCCCUGGGAUAGUGCGUAUAUUUUUUCUAAUGUUACAUGUCAGGGAUAGAGUACAUUUCUUUGGAAAUAUUAUGAUGUACCUACCUAUCUUUAAAUUGUAAAACAUUUUUUUUAUUAUUUUAGUAGAUAUUUUAUUGUUUAGUUUUAUGAUGUUAGUCGUGUCUCGGUUAGCACGUUGACAUAAAUUGCUAGUGAGAAGUAUGUGAGUCGAGGAAUGAGUGGCGCGCCUGCGCCCGCGCCGCCCCGCGACCGUCACGCCAUCUAUCCCAUCAACUUUCCAUUUGUCACAUACCGGCUACCGAGUUUUUAUUUCUAUCUACCUACCUAUAAUAACUUGUCAGUUACUAUUUAUGUUAUGUAAAUAAACUUUUUAUGAGAAACGCAAAUCUUUACUGAAUAUUCCUAUAUCAACCGAUAAAAUGCUUACUACUGUGAAAUGAAAUAAAAAGCAAUAUAACUAGAGUUAAACACUUAGUACAGAGCUUUUAAUAUUUCAGAGAGAUGUAUGUAUUCAACCGAGAAUUAGUGAAACAAGUUAUUAUUAAAUUUAUAAAAAUAUAUGAAAAAUAAUCUCUAUUUGAGAUUUUUGUACAGAA